AUGUCGUGCAUGGUGCUUCUGGUACUGUUGUGUUUGGGUAGGUUGGAGGCUUUCCUUUAACAAUUUCAAGUUUUUGGUUUUUAGUUUAAAAGCUUAUGAAAAAACCUUUUUAAGAUUUUUUUGGGUAAAAAUUCAGUUUUUUUGACUAAAAUUACGAAAAAUCAAAUUUUUUUAAAUUUUUUAAACUUCUUAACCAAUGCAUUACUAAAGACAAUUAUUUUAGUCCCAACUGCAAGCUGCGACAAUUAUUGUUAUCAGUGUGAAGAAGCUGAAGGAAUGGGAAAGGAUUGCAUGGAAGCCUCAGAAAAGAGCGGCGGAAAGUAUUGUCCGAAUGAUUUUUGUUACACAUUAUGGGGCCAUUCAAAAAUAGGUGACAAGGGUAAGGCGUAAAGUAGGGUAGGGUGGGGAGCGUAUGAUUAAAAGUAAUUUUUUUAAGUGGUCCUAGGAGUACAGCGCGGCUGCCUUCCCCACGCCAAAAAUAAGGUAGGUUUUUAAAAUAUUAGAGCGUUUUGUUCAUUUCUUCGUAUAAUAAAACUGUUUUGAUCCAGUCUAAAAAAAAUUUAGCUUUUAUUUCAGCGGUUGGUCCAGUGCAUAGACGUGACGAAUUAUUCGUUUUUUAACGAUUAUAAAAUAAACGGAACGUUGUGUAAAUGCAACGGAACACUCUGCAACUCGCGGGUAAAUCCAUUUCCGACUACCACCACCAUUACUUUGCCUACGACCACUACUACCCCUACCACUACAACCAAUGAGUUCGACUCGACUACUGACCCCGACGCUCCAGUGGCAUCAGCCAACGACUGGUCGCUCUCUGUUCUCACUCUACUGAUCCUUUACUGUACUUUCUAUGUGCUUUAG